GAAGCAGGCCGCCACACGGGUGGGAGGUCAGGUACACGCAGCGGCGGAGCAGGAAGAGCAACCAGGUCGUUUUGUUUUAUUUAUUUAUUUUUUUCCCACCCUCCCUUUUUUUUUUCUUCUGGAGUGUUUCAUUUCCACGCACGCGCUCCCGCAGCCAGGCGCUCCCCUCAGCCCACCUGCGUUUUUAGCGACGCGGUUUAGUUCGGGAAAAGCUGGAGGAAACAUGUUAGAAGACAAGAAAAAGCUGCUCUUCAUCGUGGCGGAUGUUCUGUGCGUGUUUUUCGCGGCUCUGCCUUCAGCCAUCCUCACGCUGAGGUUCAAACCCUAUCAGAGAGGAAUCCACUGCGACGACGAGAGCAUCAACUAUCCCUACAGGAAAGACACCAUCUCCCAUGGAACCAUGGCCGCCGUCACCAUCACCUGCUCUAUGGUCAUUAUCACCACCGGCGAGGCCUACCUGGUGCACACGAAACGCCUGCGUUCAAACUCCACGUUCAACCAGUACCUCUCGGCGCUCUACAAGGUGGUCGGCACGUUCCUGUUUGGCGCGGCGGUCAGCCAGUCACUGACCGAUUUGGCGAAGUUCACCAUCGGCCGCCCCCGUCCAAACUUCCUGGCCGUGUGCGCGCCGGUGUCCUGUAAGGGAUAUGUGCUGGAUAUCAACUGCACAGGCAGCCUGAAAAAUCAGACGGAGUCCAGGCUGUCGUUUUACUCCGGUCACUCGUCCUUUGGGAUGUACUGCAUGCUCUUCCUGUCGCUCUACGUCCAGGCCAGGAUGCAGGGGAAGUGGACGAGGCUGGUCCGGCCCACCAUCCAGUUCUUCCUGGUGGCGUUUGCUCUCUACGUUGGAUACACGCGCGUCUCCGAUUACAAACACCACUGGAGUGACGUCCUGGUGGGGCUGCUGCAGGGCGCGCUCAUCGCUGUGCUCACGGUUCGAUACGUGUCGGAUUUCUUCAAGCAGCGGCCGCCGCCGUGCGCGCAGGCGGACGACCCGGCGGAGGAGCAACUCGAGUGCAAGCCGAACCCGCAACCUUUGGACUCGCAGCACGGAAACCACUACAGCCACCCCGGACUGGCGUGAGCCGCAGACGAGCGCCGGCGGCAGCCGCUCCGUUGUCCACAGAACUGUGUUUUAAAAGCACGCAUAGCCCACAUAGAAAACUUUGACAGCUAUUUUAUAACUCUGACAAGUAUGAUUCCCCAAAACCUGUUGGAACAGAAACUUUAUGACCGGGUGCGUUUUUGUGGGUGGGUGUGUUCGCUGCAGAAAGAUGUGGCCGAUCGCGUGUGUGUGUGUGUGUGUGUGUGUGUGUGUGUGUGUGUGUGUGUGUGUGUGUGUGUGUGUGUGUGUGUGUGGGUGUGUGUGUGUGUGUGUGUGUGUUGGUAUGUGCACCAGCGUAGAAUAAUUAUAUUUUAUAUCGUCUCUUAAUCACUCGGCUUUUCAAAUUGUGCCAAAUUAAAAGUGACAGUUUUAAACAAAUGGGCAAGAGAACGUUCCUCUUCUUCGGUCAAAUAACAAACCUUUGCCGCGUUGUCGCAGUCCGGAUCGGUUUUUUAUUCACUGCAGCUGAAUGUAUCUGCACAUCCCUGCCGUUUUUAUUUCCUUAUGCAUGUAUUUUUAUCCUACUUGGAGGCAGGUGCAUGUGUUCAGCCAUGUUCUCCUCUUUAUUGCUGUUGUAUGCAAUGAAUAUAUCAUUUCAAGAUUAACAUGUUUUCCAUGUCACAGUGGCAGUUCCUGCUUUGAUGGCACGUUGAUUUAAUAGGUUAAGUUUUAUAUAUUUUAAAGAAUCUGUCGACAGAAUAAUUAUCUCUAGGUUUUCACUAGUGUAUAUAUAUUUUUUGAUUUUUGUCUCGUGCCAAAUGGCUCUAAAGCCAAAAGGCAAGAAAAACAAAUGGAAUAAAGAUUUCAUACAUUUCAGGUAUUUUUUUUAUAUAUAUAUAUUUUUUUUUGGAAGAAAUACUUUUGCUUGGUUAAAAUCGGGCCAGUUUUCAAAUGGCUGAGCAUUUAAACAGAUUAAAAAACUAGAAUUAAGUCCAACUUGAAUCAGUAGGUGGCAAAAAUAUAACUCUGGAAAAAGUUAGAGAGACCACUAGUCAGUUUUUGCUCUUCAUAGGUUUACGUUUGAGUAAAAUGAACAUUGUUCUUUUAUUCUAUGAACUUUUGACAACAAGUCUAUGAAAUUACAAGCAAAAAUAUUAGCAUUUAUUUUUGUGCAUUUAUCUGCACAAAAUGAGAAAGAAAACAUUAAAACCGAUGUUUCAACUCAGGAAGAGUUCAGAAAUGAAUAUUUGGUGGAAUAACCAGGAGGUUUUCAAUCAGGUUCAGUGCAGUGGGCUCUAAAUUAUUUCCAGAGCUGCAUGUAGCGAAGCCCCCAUCAAAAACCACUAAACAUUUACAAUAUUUUAUUUCCCGUUGUGUUUUACGUCACAUAAUACUAUUAUCCAUAUUGGCUGUAAUUCCCGCCCUGUGUCCCACUUUGACCAGGAAGAAGAAAGAAAUUGCAUAACAGUGACUCGCACUGAGAAAAUGCUUUAGCUGCUGUUCUCCGUUCAGAACCUGCUCAGACUGGUUUCAUGUCUGGACCUGCUGCUAACAGUUCAGAUUCCUGACACUGAGCGGACCGGGCCCGCCGAGCCGCAUCACACGUAGCAGAACAAAAGGCUAUGAAUAAUGCUUUUAUUUCUCCUUUUGAUGAGCGUAAUCCUCAUCUGUAAGGUGGAUUAUUUUUACGGAAGCACGACGGACACGCUCUAUUUACGCCACAGUCGAUGCAAACCAGUUUAAAUGGUUUCCACUGAACAAGCGCAGUGGAACUGUGGAAUGGGCGAGGCACUAACUUUAUUUAAAUCAUUUUAUAAUAGCCAAAGCGGUCUUAAAGUCCAAAUUGAGACUUAAAAGGAAAAACAGAAAGAAAAUGUGUUUCUCAAACUUCACACCUUGGUCCAACACUGAAAGGAUAAAAGUUUUUUUCUUACAAUAAUCAAUUAUUUUGGUUUUUCGUUCCAACGAAGUUCAAACCCAACAAGGUAAUGUUUUUUUUUCUUUUGUUUGCAAACAAAAUAAAUGCAUUGAAAAUUU